GACAAACCGCAUGACGAGUACUCAAGCCGAACAUCACCUGAUCAGCCCGAUAAUUCAACGAGUUCGAAAUUCUGCUCGAGCUCAAGCUCAAAAUUCAAUAAGUUCGACUUGUGAGCCAGCUCGGCUCACUUACACCCCUAGAAGAAUACCUUCUACAAAAGUAUUUUUUUUUUUAAAAAAGAAGCCAAAGAUUUGCUACUAAUACAUUAAAAAUUCAAAUUUUAUCUCACUAUGUAACAACUCAUCGAUUCAUUGUUACAAUAUACAACUCUACUCAACCAGCAAUCUGAUCUUCAAGGAACGGUAAACUACUUCCCCUAAAAAUAUUGCAACCGGCAGAAGUUGGCUACCCACCCAAAUAAAACACAGAUCUACAUGUAUUUGCAGUUGCCAGACUCUCAGAAGCUCAACCUUAUAAGACCCCUCCCUCCUCCCCCCUUCUAUUCCAGCAACACCACAGUCAUCUUCUUCCCCUCCUCUCUUCUUUCCUUGCAGCCUUCAUCAAGCUUUAGACACAACUGAUGGCAAAAGAAGCGAUGAAGAUCUUCCUGCUGGCAACUGCCAUCACGGCGGCUUCAUUCUGGAUUCCGGCAGCUGGCCAGGCAGGCUGCACCACCGCGCUCAUCAGCCUCUCGCCUUGCCUGAAUUAUAUUUCCGGCAGCUCUUCCACUCCAUCCUCUAGUUGCUGCUCCCAGCUUGCCAGUAUAGUGCAAUCGCAGCCUCAAUGCCUCUGCAUGGUGGUCAAUGGAGGAGGCUCUAUAGUUGGCAUUUCUAUUAAUAAAACACAGGCCUUAGCCCUUCCAAGUGCUUGCAAGGUUCAAACACCACCUGCUAGCGCAUGCAACGCUGGGGCAGGUGGGUCGUCAGGCUCUCCGCCGGUGUCCCCGCAGGCGGCGCCAAGCACUCCGACUUCUCCGCCGGUGUCCCCGCAGGCGGCGCCAAGCACUCCGACAGCCCCUUCAACCCCUUCAACCCCAUCAACCCCAUCAACUCCAACAACAACUCCUGAGGCACCGAGCUCUCCCACCGACACCCCUUCUUCCCUUGCACCUACAGGUUCCUCUUCAGGCAAUGGGUCGAAGUCAACCAAUGGUGAUUCCUCUGAUGGCAUGAUGAAUAAAUCCCUCAUGUCCAUAGUCUUCGCUGCUUUGAUCUUUGGCUCGUCUCUGGCGAGCUUCUUCUGAGUCAAUAUUUUAUUACUGGAUGGGUGGCCUGGCUUUUGGAGUUUUGCUUUCUUGUAUUCAGUGUUUGCUUUUGGAUGAAUUAUUUUCUGCGGAGACACCACGGGACGGAGAGAACCGUUCGAUAUUCUCUUUAUCUGCGCUUUUACUGUAGCAGCCAUCCUUUUACUGUUGAUAGAGAGACAACGGGACGAUUCUCUCCUUCUGAUACCCGCGUAGAAUAAUCUCUCGUGCUUUUGUAAUUUAUAGCUUAUGGUCCAUGAAGCUUGUGUCUGAGGAUGCGUACGUGCAAUUUAUCCUUUUGAAGAUCAGUUCCUUCGAUUGUAAAUUUGAUAAUAUAUAUAUCAGAUAAUUGUUUGAUGAGGAUUAUUCCAUAGUUGUAAAAUAUUUUUACUGGUUUGAUCAACGUAAAUAACUCUAUUGCUGGGCAAAGCUAAGCUGCUUGAAGUUUAGGCUGAUCUCCAGAGUACUAAUCAAAUCACUAUUAUCUCACUUGAUUAAAUUGAUCGGGUGAUCCUGCAUUGAAGGCUUGAAGCGAAGCCCAAUGUGUCUGCCUGCGCCAGGGUUGAACCAAGUGGUUGGGAAAUGUCCGAUGGUAAUAAUAUAUUUGAUCUACGAGCACAAAGCAUUCUUUCAAAGCCCUUGAUGCUAGGAGUCUAAAAUUUU